AUGGUUGAUGAGGGCUGCAGUGUAACGGCUUUGCCAUUAUCGUACGAAUGGUAUCAAGAACAAAUUGCCGGACAUCAUUUAUCUAUCGUUAAAAAUGGAAAGCACCAAAUUGGACUUAUAAAACAGGUUGGUAGUGAAACACUAUUGAAGCCAAUUCAAGAGGGUGUAAGAGGAGUGUGCGAAGUUUGUUUAUUAUUUUUUGAGAGCAAAAUUAAAUUGCAUAUUUUAAAAAACAUAAUUACUGUAGCAUUUUAUAACAAGCUGAAACAACAAAACCAUGAAAACGUUACUAUAUUGAAAUUGAAAUCUUUUAUUCCCAAAUUUUAUGGGCUAAAAAGCAUUCAAAUUGGAAAGAAAAAAGUGGAAUGCAUCAUUUUGGAGGAUUUAACGUAUUGUUAUAAAUACCCAUGUAUUAUGGACAUCAAAGUAGGUAAAGUAACUUAUGAUCCAUGUGCAACAAAAGCCAAAAGAUUAUCGGAAAUAAUAAAGUAUCCAGAACAAGAGUCGCUUGGCUUUCGUUUGACCGGUUAUCGGAUGCGCAUUGAUGACAACAUCAAUAAUUUGCGAAUUCGGGAUAAAAAGUGGGGAAAAUCGCGAACUUUGGAAAAUAUCGUCGAAGCAUUCGCUGAAUUUUUAUCUGCAAGAGUGGAGGAGAAAAUGAUUGUAGCAGAGGAGACACUGAGGCAGCUAUACGAUCUUCAGAAGUGGUUCCGAUCACAGCGAGUUUUUCAUUUCUAUGCUUCAUCAAUUUUGCUUAUAUAUGAAUCCUCACUUGAACGAGACUCAAAUGUACUGGUAAAACUAAUCGAUUUCUCACAUGUAUUUUCUGCAAAUGGUGUUGUAGAUGAAAAUUAUUUAUUUGGCCUUGAUAAUAUGGUCAGUAUCAUUGAAAAGUAUCGUGAUACAAUUGAUUCUAAAUCUUAUUGA